AUGGCGAGUCGCCCGAGCCUGUUGGAACUGCGCGCCGACUCGUCUCAGUCGGCCGCCUCCACCUCGUCUAGGCCUCUGCGAUCCCCUCGCAUGCACGUUGCCGGCGAGGCGCCUCUCGAACUAUCUCCUCUCGACGCUUUCGCCCUACAGAGCCGCCUGCUCGCGAGGCAGUUGCAGGAGACCACCAAGGAGGGAAAUCGGGUCAGCCGCCUCCCUCCCCUCACCGUCGAGAGCCCUCUGGUCCAGCAGGGCCGCUCCGAAUUCUUUCGCGCCUUCUCGCACGAUUCGGCUUCGGAAACCGAAGAGUCGCCCGGGCCUCCUACCUCCGGAGGCCUGGGCUUGCGCGGCGAAGUCGAGGAGGCCUUUGCCCCCAAAGACCGCCCCAAGUCGGUGCGCCCGCGCAUGAGUCGCAUCCCGCCCACACCCGACGAUGCGAUACCCCUCCCCGCCCUGCCCGAGCAUGCGGAAGAGGAGUCCAGAGGACGGCAACUGGAACCCGUCGGAGAGCACAUCGACUACUUUGGAGCACGACAGGAACGCUCCCCUUCGCCUCUGCAAAGCGAUUCGCAGUCGAAUCCCGACUUAGUGCCAGAGAGGUCUUCUUCCCGCAAGGACCUGUCGCUCCUACACCCGAUCCUACAGCGCAAUGUUUCCGCAUCGAGUUCGCCCGACAAGUCAAAACAAGGGUCCUUUGAUGAGCUCGGCCUGGCCCCUCCGCGAGGCCCGAUUCCCAGGCGCUCGCCCAGUGUCGUGUCAUCUCCCAUGCCGGACGAGGACACUUUCAGCACCAUAUCCGGCUCCCUUCACUCCCUACCUUCUCGCAAGCUGUCCGCUGCCAGCGUGGCUCUGGCCAGCGCCGUGCCAUCACCAGCCAUCAGUUCGUUUCAAAGAUCACCAUCGGCGGCCUCGGAUUCGUCCGUGAUUCCUCGCCCAUCCCUCAACUUUUCAAGGCCCAUCAGCCGCGCCGGGACGCCGAGCCUCGAGAUGCCGACGAGGCAGGCCUCGUCCGACAGCCAACCGUCGUUUAUUCUGGCCGAUGAUUCCGCUCACACGCCGGUGAGCAUGCACAGCGAGGCCUUCAUUGACCACCAAACAGACGACGGUAAGGUUGCUGCCCCGUCGUACAUUUACUCAACGUUUUGUCUCCCGAGAGGCAAGACCAUUCAGCGAUCCGGAACGCCAGAAGGCCACUCGCCAGCGUCCUCAAAGUGGGAACGAAGCACGCGGUCCCCCAGCAGCGCACAUCGAGCCCCCCUAGGCGCGCCGCCGUCGCCGCCGACCCGCCCAUCGAGCUCGUCGGCAAGACCCGCUCCUGACGAUGCCGUGAGUGUGGCGAGCAGCACGACGAGGCCGUCGAUGGACGCAAGCAAGAUAAGCAUGGAGAGCUCCCGACUCGGCGUCGCCGGCCAUCCAAACCUCGGCGCGCCUAGGCCAUCCGUCGAAACCGGUCGUCGGUCCGAGGAUGCCCCAAGGGGCCGAAGCCUCACCUCUUCACCCCGUGAUCUCCGCGGCAAGGCGCCUGCAUCGGUCGGGACGAGCAACUCAGCCGGCACGGUGCGGCCUAGUCACAGCUCUCGCGUGUUCGGCCCUUCGGCGUCGGAGAUGUCGGCCGAAGAACACCUGGCCAAGGGCAUCGAGUGUCACGAGAGCGGCUCUUUGAACGAAUCCACCUACCAUCUCCGACAUGCCGCGCGGCAAAACAACCCGACCGCCAUGCUUCUCUACGCUCUGGCCUGCCGACAUGGCUGGGGCAUGCGCGCCAAUCAAAAAGAGGGCGUCGAGUGGUUGAGAAAAGCAGCAGAAUAUGCCAGCGUCGAGAUUGCCGAUGACCAAGACCGAGCCAGGGAGGGAAGGCCAGCCAACUUCCUCGAGAGCAAGACUCGCAAGGCCCAAUUUGCCCUAAGUAUCUACGAGCUGGGCGUCAGCCACAUGAAUGGAUGGGGCAUCGAACAAGACAAGUCUCUGGCGUUGCGAUGUUUUGAGAUCGCCGGCAGUUGGGGCGACGUCGAUGCGCUCGCCGAGGCCGGAUUCUGCUACGCGAAAGGCGUCGGCUGUAAAAAAGACCUCAAGAAGAGCGCCAAGUUCUACCGAAUGGCCGAAGCGAAGGGGAUGAGUAUGGUUGGCAAUAGCUGGAUCCACAAGUCCAAGUACAACGAGGGUGACAACGGUUCUUCUCCAAAAGAGAAGAAUAGGAAAAAGGCCCGGAGCAAGUCUCGCACGCGGGCAAUGUUUGGCCUGAAGCCGGGCUCAUGA